AUGGCGGUUACCGGCGGCGAUCGUUCGGAGAUAGCUUUCUUCGACGUGGAGACUACCGUGCCGACCCGAACGGGUCAGGGCUACGCCAUCUUGGAAUUCGGGGCCAUCCUCGUCUGCCCCAAGAAGCUCGUGGAGCUCCGGAGCUACUCCACCUUGGUCCGACCCGCCGACCUAACCCGCAUCACCUCUCUCUCCGUCCGGUGCAACGGCAUUACCCGGGACGACGUCGUUUCUGCACCCUCCUUCGCGGAGGUUGCUGAUUUGGUCUACGACCUCCUCCAUGGAAGGAUAUGGGCUGGUCAUAAUAUAUUGAGAUUCGAUUGUGCUCGUAUAAGAGAGGCAUUUGCUGAGAUUAAGAAGCCUGCUCCAGAGCCUAAGGGAACGAUCGAUUCUCUGGCGAUACUAACGGAAAAGUUUGGAAGAAGAGCUGGUGAUAUGAAGAUGGCAUCUCUUGCGACAUAUUUUGGGCUUGGCCAGCAAACACAUAGGAGUUUGGACGAUGUUCGCAUGAAUCUUGAAGUUAUCAAGUAUUGUGCAACUGUUCUAUUUUUGGAAUCCAGCCUUCCAGAUAUAUUCAUGGAGAACAAUUUGGUUUCCCCAAAUGCCAUCCCAAGAGGCCGAAUUAACGAAAAAACUUCUCGAGAGCCGAACGAGAGCACUCCACCAUCAUCAUCGUCAAGAAUUGACGAGGCAAAUCAUCCUAUACUGUCGAUAAAUUCGCCACCGACCGAAUCAAAUCCUCCUAGCGCGGGUCCCUUCAAUCUGACGGACCUUCUCGUUCGAAUAAAUGACGACACUCUUGAUGAGGACCAUAUGGAGGAAGAGAGAAACGACUCGGCAGCUGAAGAAUCUUCGAAUGCGGUAAAUUGUGGGCAUCAAAGUGAUUUCCUGAAGCCAGAUGAUGUAUCAAUACCUUUAAUAACUGUAACACUCGUGCCCUUUUACCGGGGGACUCAAAAGAUACAGAUAAUGCUCCAAAAUGUCCCGUUGCAACUCGGCUGUGCACACCUGAAGGUCCGAUUCGGGAUCAGUUCAAAGUUUGUCGAUCAUGCUGGUCGGCCACGUUUGAGUUUUGUGGUUGAUGCAUCUCCGAGCCUUUGCACGGUUCUCGAUGCAGUUGAUAAUCUUGCCCAGAAGCUGUUGAUUGAUUCAGGCACCUCUUCUGAUUGGCGGCCUGUGGUUAUUAGGAAGAAUGGCUUCUUCAACACCCCCACUGUUCGAUUACACCUCCCGACUGCAGGAGAUGGUGAAAUCACCCGAUGCACGACAGAAAUAUACCAAACGGACAAUUCAGCCACGCAGAGGCCCGUGUUUAGUAGAUUCGACAUUAUCGAGCUCAAAUCCUUAUUUGCUCCUGGAAAAACCGUGGAUGCGUGUUUUUCCUUGGACGUGUAUGAUUACCAGCAGAAUGCGGGCAUUCGAUUGGUCGCAAAGAAACUUACGAUUCAUUGCAGCUGA